AUGUCGCUGUUGGGGCAUCUUCAUUUGUUAUACGACGCAUAUUUUCCACCCGGUUCUGAAAAUCUCGCCACUCUUCUGUGGCGUUACUAUGCGGAAAAAAUUGCCAUACUUGUGCGUGGUGGUGCACAUGUUCACCAGAUUAUCGAGAGCCGACUUAUCAACUUUCCAUGGCUUUUGUUUUGGCCAAGCCUAUCCGACCUUGCAUCGAUGGAUAAAGUGAUGAUCGAAGGUGCACCAGAAAGUGCUCCACUGGUAACUCAGAUAGUCGUGCGCAUCCCCUGGCUUUCACUAAUUCAGUUUCAGGCUCAACAACCGAUGGACGCUCAUCGAGCUUUUCAUUCCUUGUUAUUUUCGCUUUUGGCAAGCUGCGUUAGUCGACCGGCUAAUUACGCGAUUUGUCGUGCUUCAAUGCCGAGAUUGCUGAAUUCACUGGGAGCACUCCCGUGGCAGCUGAUUGAAGUGGAACGACUUAAUGCUGUAUCGGCUCGUAUUGCUUCAACAUUUGCGCCGGAAAUAUUAUCUGAUUCAAACGAUGUUAACAACGCCUUCUUUGAGUUUGUUUUGCCAUUGCUUGUAAAAUUUUUUGUACGAGAAAUGAAAGAUAUAUGA